AUGCUGUUGCUGCUGAAGGUGAAGCCGGAGCCCUUGCAGGGGUCUGAGCUUGGAGCAAAGGGUCUGGGCUCAGUUCAAGGGGUGCAGGAUUGGGUCAGGGGUCUGGAAACAGGGCAGGGGGCCGGGCAGGGAUGGUCAGAGCCCGUGGAACCCUCCUCUGGUGUAACCAUCACCCUGGCCAGCUCGAGUCCCCCUUCGGCAGAGAGGACCCCCCCAGCAGGAAAAACUCCAGAGCAGCCCCCCUCCACCUUCAUCCUCCUCUUCUUCCUCGCAGCCCUCCCAGGGCUGCGGGCGGCCGUGCAACUGGUCGAGUCCGGAGGGGGCCUCCAGACACCCGGGGGGUCCCUGCGCCUCCUCUGCAAGGGCUCCGGCUUCACCUUCAGCAGCAACGGCAUGGUUUGGGCGCGACAGGCGCCCGGGAAGGGGCUCGAGUUCGUCGCGAGUAUUGAUGACGAUGGUAGUUACACCUGGUACGCGCCGUCGGUCAAAGGACGCUUCACCAUCUCGAAGGACAACUCCCAGAGCACGCUCACGCUGCAGAUGAACAGCCUCAGGGCCGACGACACGGCCACCUACUACUGCGCGAAAUGUGCUGAUGGUGAUAGAUAUGCUGGCACCAUGUCCCAGCAUCCCUGCUCUGCAUCCCAGCAUCUCAGCAUCUUCCCAAAUCCCUUGCCCUGA